AUGUUCCAACCACAAGCUACGCCCUACUUCUCGUCAUAUGGAAUCUCAGCACCGCCUCCUGAAUUUGCUGGAUUCCAAUCCUCUGCUGGUGUUGUACACAGUGGAGGACCCACGUUGUUUCGAGAUCGCAUCUUCAGUCCCGUCGCCGCUACGAACCAGACCAGUGGCCCAUCCCCACUGAACUUCAACAACACCAACACCAACACCAACACCGACCACCACGGCUCGGGCCUCCCGCCAGACUAUCGCAAGAUGAGCGCCCACGACAUAGAUGCCCAAGAGGCACUGGCCAGGGACUACAAUCCUGUCUUGGAGGGUCCGAUGGUGGGGGAGAAGAGGAGCAGUCAGGCUAUUACCGAGGAAUACGCAAAGGCAGACCCGAUAUACGUGGUGAAGACAUCUGCGCUACCACAGAAAUACUCGCAUUAUCGACCGAUCCUGGGUGAUGGGAACUGUGGAUGGCGGGCUGCCGGCUUUGCCUACUUUGAGACCUUACUACGACAACGCGACAGAGAUCAACUGGAAGGGGAGACGGCUCGCAUGAUAUCCUUGAACAACUUUCUCACAACUGUUGGAGGAUUUGAAACUUGGCUCUUCGAAGACAUGGUGGAGAUGACAACAGACCUCCUGAAAAGCCUGGCGGAGCUGGUGGAAACGGCGCCUCGCGAAGCAGAAAAGUUGCUACUGGAAAGCUUCAACAACAAGGAAAUAUCCGAUUCCAUUGUGUACCAUUUCAAACUUCUGGCAGCUUCGUGUCUGAAGGGCAACCCUCCGAUGUAUCAAGGUUUCAUCCCAGAUGUUGGAAUCGACGAAUAUUUGAAGGGAGGCAUAUUGGUUACGAAUACAGAGAUUGAUCACUUGGGCAUGACCCUUUUGAUUGAUGUUCUGUUGAAACCAAUUGGCUUCUCUGUGGAAAUUCUCUACCUCGACCUGAGUCCAGGAUCACAGGCCAACACCCAUGUUUUCCAGACAGAAGAUGCCAAUGGUAUCCCAACGAACCCCAAUGGACCUAUGAUCCACCUCCUCUAUAGACCAAGUCACUACGAUAUUCUGUACAAAGAUCAAGGCAACACCACGCAUAAUGCUACUGUUGACGAGGCUACACGAAAUACAAACAUCCAAGUCAAUCGAGCUACCAGUUUCAGUCUUCAACAGCCUAUCCAAAGUACCCCCGUAUCGAUGGAGGGCUUUGAUCAAAUGGACAUGUCACUCCUGUCGUGCAUACCAGGCUUCUCCCUCCCUCCCCAAGCUUCAAAUCAUGGAUUUCCCGCACAAUACUCGAACCAGAUCGACACGUUUCCACCAUCUCCGAUAUCUGCAUCAAUUUCUCCGAUCUCCCCUGGCGCUUCUUCGACAACAACUUCCUCCAACGCGCUUCCGGCUUCUUUUCCCGCGCAACCGCCGCCCCCAAGCUCGCUAACCUCACCAACUCUCACAUCGGCCCACCCAUCCUUCCCACAUCCGACAGCACAACUCCCAAUUCUCACUCACAUCCCGCCGCCGCCACAGCAGCAUCGGCCGUCUCUGUCGUCUCAUCCUUCCCUAUCGGCCCAUUCAUCGGAGCUCUCGUCACCCAGUUCGGCCACCACGUCAAGCCAGUUUCGCCCCAGCAGAUACGAAUGGGAGGCGGCUGCAGCUACUACCGAUUGGCAAGAAGAGCGCGUUCAGUUUCAAACCUCGACCUUCAAGAACAGUCACUACAACACGGCCCACUUCAACAAUCCAAACUUCCAGCCGGAGGAAUGGACCCCUGAGUCCGAAGACCCGCCAGUGAGGAAGCGGUCUAGCUGA